AAUCAACUACAAUUGAUUAUAUUGGACUUUUUGCAUUAGCUGUUUUUAAUGUUGAACAAGAAGCACAAAGAUUAGUACAAAAAGAAACUGAUGAUUAUUCAUCGAUUAUAUUAAAGUUAUUAGGUGAUCAUUUACUUGAAGCAUGUCCUGAAGAGUUACAUCAACGUGUGCGUCGAAAAUUAUCGACUUAUGUAUCUAAGGAAAAUUUAUCACUAAAAGAUUUACUUUCAGUUAAAUAUCAAGGUAUUCGUCCAGCUGCUGAAUCAAUUGGUAUUGAAUUAACGAAAUCACUUGCUAUGCAACCAUCAUCAGCUGUUUCCGAACUUUAUGUGGCUCAUCCAGAAUCAACUUAUUUUGUUGUUGAAAAAAUUAAUGAAGAUUAA